CUGGGACCCUUGCUUCCCCAAACCCUCGCCGCCGUCCCCUCCCCUCCCCGAGCCACCACCCAAACCCUCGCCGCCGGCGCUCCCCGCCCAACCUGCAUCCACCGUACACAAUGUCUACCUCCUCCAGUGUUUCCUUCGACGGCGUCCCAUCCGGAUCCGCUUCCUCCAUCGUCGCCGGCGCCGUGUGCGGCUACCACUUGCUCAAGAUCGACGGCUACUCGCGCACCAAGGAGGUCCCCAAUGGCAAGUGGAUCGACUCUUGCCCGUUCCGGGUGGGAGGCCGCACAUGGCAUGUUCGUUACUAUCCCAACGGGGACACAUCUGAGUACGUCGAUUCCAUAUCCCUCUAUCUCACUCUCGAUGAUACCCUCGCCAAGGGCGAGACCGUGAAGGCACGAGUUAAGUUCAGCUUAAUCGACCAAAAUGGGAAGCCGGUGCCGCUGCAUACAUUGACUACCUCGACAAAAGAUUUUUCCGUGUUUAAAAGUUGGGGAUUCUCCAAGUUUAUGAAAACGGAGGAUUUGGAGAAAUCAGAGCAUCUCAAGCACGAUUCUUUCGCUGUAAAGAUCGAUGUCACUAUCAUGAGCGAGUUCCACGCGCAGGAGACACCAUCCAUCCUGGUGCCAUCCUCUGACAUGCACCGUCACUUCGGGGAUCUCCUGUUGAGCAAGGCGGGCGUUGAUGUUGAAUUCCGAGUCGGCGGGGAGGCAUUCUCUGCUCACCGGUCCGUGCUUGCGGCGCGGUCUUCGGUCUUCAGAGCAGAAUUCUUUGGCACGAUGAAGGAGGCAACCACCAACGAGGCCAUAUGCAUAGAUGACAUGGAGGCACAAGUGUUUAAUGCUCUGCUUACAUUCAUGUACACUGAUACCUUGCCUGAUAUGAAGCAACAAGAACAAGAAGAAUCUGCAAUGGCUCAGCAUUUGCUUGUUGCAGCAGAUAGGUAUGAUUUGGAGAGGCUGAAGCUGAUUUGUGCAGAUAAGUUGUGCAAGCAAGUCGAUACGAGCUCCGUGGCGACCAUCUUGGCAUUGGCGGAGCAGCACCACUGCCAUGAGCUUAAAGCAGCAUGCUUGGUGUUCCUCAGCUCACCGACGAAUCUGGAUGCAGCCAUGAAGUCUGAAGGUUUUGAGUUUUUAACCAAGAACUGUCCCGGUGUUAUGAAGGAUAUCCUCGUGUCCCAGGUUGUUCCUAGUUUACUUGGGAAAAGAAAAUCAAAGGCAUGAACAUGAGGUUUCAAUCAUGAUGCCAUUGGCAAUCAUCAGUCCAGAAAGUAACUAUGGACUCUGCAGGUCUGCAUGCUAUCCAGUAUUAGUAGUUCUAUUUGUAGUCUUGUUCUCACAAGGAUUUGAUGUGCGUUCGUCCUUUUUUGUUUGGUCGUCAUAUCCUUUGUGGAGAACUAUUAAUGGUUUGACAAGCUAUGUGCAAAGCAAGAACCAUGUGUGCUAAUUAGUGAUCCAUCAGUU